UAAUUUACAAUAAUAAAACAUUUAUUGUAAUUUUAGCAAUACAUAGUCCGCACCUAACCUCUGGUGUUCAAAGGCAAGUGAAGAAGUGUGCCUGAAUAAUUGCGCUUAAUUUCACCUAAUCAUUCAUUGUUCUAUUUUUGUGCCAUAUACUUCAUUUCAUAUACUAUUUGUCGAUCUUAAAUAGACCAAGAAGAUAAAAAUCUUAUCUGAGCAAACAUACAACAACAACGAACGGGAAAAAAUAUAUUCUGUUUUAUCGCAGUUGCGCGACGAAGAUGUCGCUACUUUUAAACUAAAGCAACUAAUAGUUCUAAGUGGUCAUGAAAUAUUAGUGACGAAGAAAUGUUUUAUAAUAUAAUAUAAUAUAUAGGUAAAUUCUGCUGUACUUACUUAGUGGCGACAUAAUUCAUAGCAAAGACCUUCAUUCGCGUUUUACUGCUGCUACUUGCUGGUCGACGGAGAUAUGAGUAAAAGAGCAUGAAACACGCUUGGAGCAGUCGGACACGAGUAGACUUUGUUGAUAUAUAAUAUGAAAUUGUUGUGUAGUUGGUGUAGAAGUGUUGAGAAAUGUGAAGAAAUAUAAAAAAAAAUAAGUAUAUCUACAAGUUAUCCACUCAACACUUGCGUUGUGUGAUAAGCAGUGCGUACAUACAGGUAUAUAUACAUAUGUAUAUGUGAUUCUACACAUCCCCACACACCUCCAACUGAAGUCUUUAAAAACUUUUUAGUGUAACAAUUAACGAAUUAGUGAUCGUUUCGAUUUUUUGUGUUGUUUUUUUUGUUCGCACACCGGUGCUUAUAUAUACAUAUGUAUGUAUGUAUUUAAUUUCAAGCUCUUCAAAUCACCUGUUAAAUUAUCAAAUUGCGCAAAAGAUGUAUUUCCAUGCAAUAUUUUUUUGUGGCAUUUUGCUCGCUGCAAUUUUCACAUUCGCUACAACAACAACAGCCAACACAGCAGUGCAACAAGUUACACCUUACAAAUUGGGCGCGGAGAGCAAGCGCGACUUGUCGGCAGCAGCCCCCAGCUGGCAUGCCACAUUUACUCCCCAACAACUACAAUUGCAUAUGGGAACGAGUGCCGAAGUGUUGUUGGAACUGACAGAUCUACCAACGGAGGCCUCAUUUGAGGUCUUAAGUGAAAAUCCACAUCUUGCCAGUGUGGAGCAUCUAAUACCCGCUGAUGUUAUAAGUCCCAUUACACACACUUGGCGCGGCAACGUCACUAUCGAUGCGCUCUUCCUCGGCUCCACCAAAGUUUACGUGCGCCGCGUCAAUAGCAGCGAACGCGCCGAGAACACACUCGGUUUAACGAUUAUACGACGCACGCGUGUUAUCGAUUACAUAUUCACCGGCUCUGUAGCGCUGCUUGUAUCAUUGUUGUAUAUCAAUUUUGGCGCCGCUUUGGACGUAACAGUGCUGCGCGGUUUAUUAGCGCGGCCAUUGGCGCCCAUUAUUGGCUUUCUCACGCAAUUCAUUAUUAUGCCACUGCUGGGCUAUGGUUUGGGUGUGCUCAUCUUUCCGGAUUCACCAGAAUUACAGUUGGGUCUUUUCUUUACGGGCGUCUCGCCGAGUGGUGGCGCAUCGAAUAUCUGGGCUGUGAUAUUGGGUGGUAAUAUUAAUCUCUCCGUGCUGAUGACAACGAUCAGCAAUUUCGCCGCUUUCGGCAUGAUGCCACUGUGGAUCUUUACGCUCGGUCAGCUGAUUUUCAAUCGUGCAAAUAUAACUGUGCCUUAUGAAAACAUUGCCACUUUUGCGGUAUCGCUGGUUGUGCCGCUCGCCAUCGGUUUGGCCAUACAACGUUGGUCGCCACGGCUGACACGCGUACUGGUGCGUCUACUCAAACCGAUUUCCACUUGUCUCAUCCUGUUUAUUAUCAUCUUUGCGAUCAUCACAAAUCUCUACUUGUUUGAGUUGUUCUCCUGGCAGAUCAUUGUGGCCGGUUUGGCGUUGCCUUGGGCGGGCUACAUAUUGGCUUGGUGCGCGGCGAAGGCUCUUCGUCGAAAUUCCGUUGAUUCGUUAACUAUCGCCAUCGAGACGGGCAUCCAAAACACCGGCAUAGCGAUAUUCUUACUGCGUUUCAGUCUCCCGCAACCAGAAGCCGAUCUCACCACAGUCAUACCCGUCUCCGUGGCUAUAUUAACGCCAAUUCCACUGCUCGGCUUAUAUAUUUACAAGCGUUGUGCUGAGCGUGGCAUUAAAGAUGGCCUGCCAGAGUCACAACAAGCCAUUACACCAACACAUAGAUAUUAGUCGUUCCUAUUUAGUUACUCAAUCGAAGGCAGCAUUCUUCGCGAGACUUGAAGUACUUCCAAAAAUUUUUGUUUUACCUGUCUUUUUUAUUUUUAUUUUUAUGUUGUUGUCUUUAGCUGAAAGUGUGCAAUAUUUUUAUCAAAUUGCAAUAACCAAAAAUAUUUACUACUUGUUUUGGUACCAUGUUGCGAAAAAUAAAUGUAAAAAUAUCAAUUUGUCUUUAAAAAAA